AUGUUUCAACCCAAUCAAAGUUAAAUUAAGUACAACAAUUAAUUUGGUGCCACCUCUGCAGUGUAUUUCUCACAACAACAAACAUCAAGAGACAAAGUAUAAAAUUGCGAAACAUCAUGUAGACAAUAUAGACAAGAGAAGGCUCUGAAAAUAAAUAAUUGCUUUAAUAUCCAGUUUCUCAAAUAGUCUAUGGUCCAUCAAUGAAAUUCAAUUCACCAGUGCAUAGCAAUAUUGCGUUUCGCAAAACAUCUAAAGAAUUAAAUAUUACUAUAGAAGAUCCUUUAGUGAGUUAAUAAGUACGUUAGCCAUCUCCGAAUGUCAAAAAAUAAAGGGAAUAGAUGGAAAAGGAUUGGAAUAAAUUAAUUGACAAAUCUAAGACUCUAUAAGAAAAUUUAGUAUUGCUAAAAAACAAUAUCAGUAUGAACUUAAACAAAAAAUAACCUGAUCAACGUUUAACUAAAGAAUCAACAAUUACAAAUGCUGGUUUAUCAUCAAGGAUGAAAUUACAGAAAGUAAAUGUUACUUGUAAACUAAAUUCUCCAUUCAAAGCUUAACCUAAAUUAGAAGUUUGUAAGAGUUUGAGCCAUAAUGCAUUUGGUAAUCUCAAAUUUGGUUCAAAUGUUAAUAAAAAUCCAACACUAAUAAACAAUACUAGUUCUAUAAAUUAUGUUAAUAUGAACAAUAAUUAUGCUAAAAAGUUAUUAGAUGAACUUUAAUCAUAAAAAGUGAAUACUUAAAAUAAAAUAAUAAAAUAAACCAAUCCUCUCUAUAUUUAAAUAGAAAAUAAAUUGAAAUUAAAAAUAAGUUCAUUUUUAGGAAGGGGAAAAUUUAGUGAUGUUCAUAUGGCAAUAGAUAAUAGAACUGGUUUAAUUUUUGCAUUGAAAAUUAUAAAAAAGUAAACUGUUAUUGAACAUGAAAUGUAAUAAUAAUUAGCAAGAGAAAUUGCAAUCUAAUCUAAAUUAUAACAUCCUAAUAUAGUCAAAAUGUUUGGAUAGAGUUAUGAUCAACAAUAUAUUUAUAUGAUGUUAGAAUUUUGCAAUAAUGGUGAAUUAUUUUAACAUUAGUAUAAAUAGCCUAAUAAAAGAUUUAAUGAGAAAGAAGCUAGUAAUUUUAUAAUGUAAAUACUUUCUGCUAUUUAAUAUAUGCAUAAUUAAGGAUUUAUGCAUAGAGAUUUAAAAACUGAAAAUAUUUUAUUAUCUCUAGUAUUAAUUUAUAAUAAACAUUUUUAGAAUNUAAUUAAAAUUUAUUUAAUUUCAAGAAAACAAUCAACAAUGAUUAAAAAUUUUUUGUGUUAUAACAUUAUUAUAUAUUAAAAUUUGAAGAUGUUUCAACCCAAUCAAAGUUAAAUUAAGUACAACAAUUAAUUUGGUGCCACCUCUGCAGUGUAUUUCUCACAACAACAAACAUCAAGAGACAAAGUAUAAAAUUGCGAAACAUCAUGUAGACAAUAUAGACAAGAGAAGGCUCUGAAAAUAAAUAAUUGCUUUAAUAUCCAGUUUCUCAAAUAGUCUAUGGUCCAUCAAUGAAAUUCAAUUCACCAGUGCAUAGCAAUAUUGCGUUUCGCAAAACAUCUAAAGAAUUAAAUAUUACUAUAGAAGAUCCUUUAGUGAGUUAAUAAGUACGUUAGCCAUCUCCGAAUGUCAAAAAAUAAAGGGAAUAGAUGGAAAAGGAUUGGAAUAAAUUAAUUGACAAAUCUAAGACUCUAUAAGAAAAUUUAGUAUUGCUAAAAAACAAUAUCAGUAUGAACUUAAACAAAAAAUAACCUGAUCAACGUUUAACUAAAGAAUCAACAAUUACAAAUGCUGGUUUAUCAUCAAGGAUGAAAUUACAGAAAGUAAAUGUUACUUGUAAACUAAAUUCUCCAUUCAAAGCUUAACCUAAAUUAGAAGUUUGUAAGAGUUUGAGCCAUAAUGCAUUUGGUAAUCUCAAAUUUGGUUCAAAUGUUAAUAAAAAUCCAACACUAAUAAACAAUACUAGUUCUAUAAAUUAUGUUAAUAUGAACAAUAAUUAUGCUAAAAAGUUAUUAGAUGAACUUUAAUCAUAAAAAGUGAAUACUUAAAAUAAAAUAAUAAAAUAAACCAAUCCUCUCUAUAUUUAAAUAGAAAAUAAAUUGAAAUUAAAAAUAAGUUCAUUUUUAGGAAGGGGAAAAUUUAGUGAUGUUCAUAUGGCAAUAGAUAAUAGAACUGGUUUAAUUUUUGCAUUGAAAAUUAUAAAAAAGUAAACUGUUAUUGAACAUGAAAUGUAAUAAUAAUUAGCAAGAGAAAUUGCAAUCUAAUCUAAAUUAUAACAUCCUAAUAUAGUCAAAAUGUUUGGAUAGAGUUAUGAUCAACAAUAUAUUUAUAUGAUGUUAGAAUUUUGCAAUAAUGGUGAAUUAUUUUAACAUUAGUAUAAAUAGCCUAAUAAAAGAUUUAAUGAGAAAGAAGCUAGUAAUUUUAUAAUGUAAAUACUUUCUGCUAUUUAAUAUAUGCAUAAUUAAGGAUUUAUGCAUAGAGAUUUAAAAACUGAAAAUAUUUUAUUAUCUCUAGUAUUAAUUUAUAAUAAACAUUUUUAGAAUUACAUUAAAUUGUGUGAUUUAGGUUGUGUUAGAGAAAUCCCUAAGUAUGAAGAUAGAAGAAAUACUUUUUGUGGAACUGUAGAUUAUAUUGCCCCUGAAGUCAUAAAAGAUGAAGGAUAUGAUGAAAGAUGUGAUGCAUGGUAAAUUGCUAUUCUAGCUUACGAACUUGUAGCAGGUAAUACUCCAUUUUCAGAAUUUCCAAGAGAUGAUGAUGCCAUUAUGGAAAAUAUAUUAAAUGUAAUGUUAUUUUUUUAUAUUAGAAUAAAUUUGAUCUUCCUCAUUUCUUUUCUCCAUCUUUGAAAGAUUUUGUAAUAAGAGGAUUACAAUAGAGUCCAGAUCAUAGAAUAUCUAUCGAUUAAAUGUUGUUGCAUAAGUGGAUAGUUGAAAAUAUCAAGACAGAUAGAGAAUAUGUAUUUUGA